AUGUCUCUAGAAGACACCAAAUCCCAAUACGCGAAGCCGGAGGACCUGAUCUGGGACACGUAUCUGAAGGCCGCUCAAAGGGAAGACGAGGCCCGACCAAAGAACUGGGAAGGAAACACAACUGGCAUUCUGACCUUUACAGGUCUAUUCGCUGCGACGGUCGCUGCGUUCAUCAUCGAGAGUUACAAGGACCUAUCUGCGGACCCUGGCAAUCGAACGAACGUUCUUCUGGAGCAUCUGAUAGCCGCGAUGGCGAACGCCUCAGCUCAUAACCCUGUGACUGCUCCGCCUCAGGAGACAUUCUCGGUCGCGCCCACCGCCAUUGUCACCAACGCAUUUUGGUUCUCGAGCUUGCUCAUCGCACUCGUCUGCGCGCUGCUAUCUACUCUAGUUCAAGAGUGGUCUCGGAACUACGCACAAGACAUCAGUGGCAGUCAUGUGGAACAUGAGAACUUUCGCACCCGAGCUUUCAACCACAUCUACAUUCGCAUGGGUGUCAAUCGCUACGGAAUGAAUCAGUUCGUGUCGUGGAUCGUGAUGCUCAUGCACGUCUCUGUUUUCUUCUUUGCAUGCGGUCUUCUUGUCUUCCUCUUCCCCAUCAACCACAUCAUAGCGAGCGUGGCUACUGGAGUCAUCUCGAUAUUCAUCAUCAUAUAUCUCCUCGCCAGUCUACUUCCGCUCAUCGAUCCAAGUUGUCCGUAUCGAACCCCGCUUUCGUACAUGAUGGCUUUGGCAUAUUGGGUCACUCUUCGGGUACUGUCUAUCUGCAUGCCACGACUGUGGCCGCGGAAUGAAAAGGCUAUACGCAUGGAGGAUCCUCGGCGUCUCAUCGAGAGACAGUAUGCCGGAUACCAUUGGGAGUUCAUGACUGACACUCGAUUCGUCUUUGCUUGGGAUUACACCUAUGAACACAUAUCAGAUGAAUCCUUCGAAACGUUCCUGGUGGCGUUACCUUCCGUGUUCAAUCGCCCGAGUAUAUGGAGUCGUUUGUGCUCCGAUCUGGUCUUCAUGCGGAGGUUGUGGCUGUAUUUGGACGGGCUCCACCGCGGGACGAGGUCGAAUCCGUCGUCGUUGCUCAUUGAAACGGGAGUACUCAAUCUGGUCGCUUGCCUCUCGGAUAGAAUGUAUGCAUUGGAGGUCGAGCAGUAUGGGCAACGACUUGAGGAGGACGCAUACACGAGCGCAUACUGCCUGGACGUGCUCGGAAGCAUCUCGCAGUUGACCGUGCUAGACGGCCCCUCUCAACUGUCGGCUUGCCUUUGCCUCGCCCAUGCGCGCUGGUCCCUUCUGAAACGCUGUCAAGCAGCCUUCAAACAGAAGAUGCCAGUCAUCGAUGUGGGAGGCGUACCAAAGUUCUUCCGCGAGGCAUCCCGCAGUGGCUUCCGGCUGGAGGGCGAUCGGCAUGGCAGUCCUUGCGGCGUCCUCUUGCUGCUCAUUUCCGGGUCUUACAGAAAUCGUAGUUGGGAGCAUAAGAGCACAUCAUCCCUGGUCCCGUUGCACGACGGAGACUGCUGCAGAUCCUGGACGAGCAUCCUCAUGCCCAAAGGCCUGGGGCAUAUCGCGGCGUGCAACGCAUUGUCCACGGUCGCGUACCUCCUACGGUCUAGCGAGGAGCAAAGGCGCAACGCGAGGGGGAUGAAGGUGAACAUCAACAUUAUCGCGGAGAAGUGGGAUGCGUCAUUCUACAUGGACGAUACCAGUCGAGGAAUGCCGUCUCGCGAGUUUGUCGAAGUUCUCCAUCUGGCGGGUCUGGAAGAAUGGCUUGAACCUGACAGCGAGUACGUGACGGGACCGGCCGAAGGUCCUAACCGCCGGUUCUUGACGAACACCUUCCAGGGGAAGAGUUGUGUCCGAGCUUUGCGCAACCUAGCUCAAAAGGUGGACUUCGAGGCCUAUCGUGCACGUCCCGUUCUCAGGUUCCCAAUGCCUCAACUCCCACCGUCAUCAUCGGGCGCUGAACGUCCCAUGUUGACGGUAGCUCCCGCUAUGCCCACCCCGGCCCUGAACAUAUCUCCAUAUAACGUCUUCCCCUUGCCGGACGGGACUGUCGGGCGGUACGUCGUGCAGCAGGAGUCGCCUACGCGGACGAAUGCAAGGCUUGAUACGCGCCAAAGCCCCUCGUCAGGUUCUGGACGCGAUAAUGAUGGUGUCUUCUUGGUUGACGCCGUAAGGCAGACACACCCCGACGAUGAUCCGAGCCAGCAAGAGGACGCGCUUAGCGGGUCUUCCGACCCAAGGACUCUCCGGCGCAUCUCUCGCCGGUUGGGUACCGUGUAUACCCGAUACGAUCCGGACAUCACGCACGACGGCAUACAACCGCGGUCGCCGUAUGCCAACGAGGAUCUCGAGCUGGAUACGCUCGUACCGUUAUUGGCCGGUGCUGGCUCUCCGCAGGGAGCCGAGGCGGAUUGGGGCGUAGGACAUGGGUCCCCUAGGCUCAUGUCAGUCGCUAUCAUAGACGACCGGCUGCAUGUCGGUACAUUACCUGGAGAUGUUGAGGCCGCUGCCGCCACCGCGAGUGGUUCGUUCUUGCAGAGAGGAUGGGGAGAAUAUUGGAAAUAG